CCACAAAUGCAGAAAUCCAGAGAGGGGAAGUGCGGGAGAGAGGCAGAGUCUGUUGAAGAAAGAAACUGGGAUGGGCUGUGGGUGAGGUUAACUCAGGUCCAAAACCUACUGGAGCAACGACUGAUCAGAGACGCAAAGCAGAAAGUUCAAGAGCUAAAACCUUUGCAGAAGGCAUCGAGAGGAGAAAGAGAAUUCAUCUGUUAAAGCAAAUAAGGACUGGAAGAUUGUUUUAACUUGUAACUCAAACUUUCUCUCCUUUUGAAGACUUAUAUUGCAGCAGUACUGUAGGAAUACAGGAGAGUAUCUCAUUAUCACCACAGUCCAUUUCAGAGGCAGAGACCCUGAAGACCUCCCUGGAGCUGCAGUUGAGAUGCUGACAACAGUAAUGUCAGGCAGGGUGACUCCUCUCUUUCUCCUAUCUCUGUGUUUGUCCCUGAGUUCAGUCCGGAGCCAGGGCUCUUCCCAGGAUACCUUCAUAAUCCAGUACCUGGAGAGAAGACUGGCUCAGAUGGAGGACCGCCUGAAUCAGUCGGAGCUGAAGAGCCACAUGGACAGUCUGUCUGUGCGUGUGGACAGGGUGGAGAGAGAGCUGGAAUAUUUGGAAAAUAAAAUUCCCGCCCAGUCUGAUAUCGAGAUGGAGGCGGCACUGCUGGAACAACAGAUAAAGGCGGCAGAGCAGGAGCAGCUGAAGAAGAAAGCCAAGAUCAAAGUGAACAACGACUGCAGGAUAACUCUGACUGAAAUCAAGUCUCUGAAGAUUGUGAAGAAAGCGGGGGACACUAAUGGUUUCUGGUUCAAGGACACUUCUAAAAGAUCAACUAAGGUCUACCUGCUCAGUGGAAUUCAUAACAACACUGUGCUGGAGUAUGUGUCUUUGGAAAACUUCAUUGAGAGGACCUCAGCACCUCCAGUUAAGAUGCUGCAGCUGCCGUUCCACUGGCAGGGCACAGGUCAUGUGGUUUACAACGGAUUCCUGUACUGCCACAAGGCAGAUACCCCCAACCAAAUACUGAAGGUGGAUCUGGUGAAUGGCACGGUGGUGGACAGCACUCUUCUUCCAGGAGCCGGCCGUAUUCCUGUCUACAGUCUGAAUCCCAACACGUACCUGGACAUGGCAGUCGAUGAGCUUGGCCUCUGGGUUCUGCAUGCUGACGUGGAGUACGGAGGAAACUUGGUCAUCACCAAACUGGAUAAAGGAACUCUGGGGGUAGAAUAUACCUGGGAUACACAGUGUAGAAGUCAGGAUGCUGAAGGAGCCUUCUUGAUCUGUGGGACCCUUUAUGUGGUCUACAAUACACGCUAUGGAGGACGGUCCACCAUACAGUGUCUGUAUGACAUUCAUGACACCGUCCACAGCAGCGAGAGUCCUGUGAUGUUCUUCCCGAAGCGGUACACCAGCCACAGCAGCAUCCACUAUCACCCCGGAGACAAACAGCUGUAUGCCUGGGACGACGGCUACCAGACGAUAUACAAAGUGGAGACACGCAGGAAUGUUUAAGCCCUUGCAGGAUGAUGUCCAUAUGUACUAAAUGAUCCAGAAUCCUGCGGCAAAACUUGUAUUAUCACUUAAAAAUCAAUCCCAAAGGAUUCAUCACAAUAACAAGAUAAAACACAACUUGAAAAGGUUAUAAGAGUAUAUUGUUCUACUGCUGAGUCUGUUGUAGGGGUAGAAGGUGCUUUUGUUGUUGUGAAUGGUUAUCCAUGAUAAAAACAGAUCAAACAGAGGGGUUUUUUUAUGCAUUUUAUGGGCUUUAGAGUUUGUAUCAGCACAAUAAAGAUUUUUUAUAUUUUGUGCAUCUUUAUAAAGUUGCGUUGAAGUCAUUAAUAAUACUUGUUGAUGGCUUUGAGAUAAUAACUGUCCCUUGAUAUCAUAUUCAUUUGACAAGUUGCCUCAGCUAAUCAAUAAACAUUUAUUUGUACAGAGCUUGACAUGCAUCACAAAGUAGGCCUGCCUUACACGGUAAAAAAGAUUUUUCAAAAAGUAAAUAUCAAAGAAAACCAUGAAAGGCAAUAACUUUGCACCCCAUAAUUAACCAUACCUCAUCUCAAACCGGCAGUCGGAUGGAUUGAUGGAUGGAUGGUUAGAUGGAUGGAUGGAUGGAUAGAAAAUAAGGGCUUUAUCAGAGACAAUAACUUUUAACCAGUUUUUUGUAAUCAAAUUUGUGUAUUUCCUGCUACAUUUCAGCCAGUCCUGGAUGUUUUUCUUGGAGAUGUGUGGCUCUUUUGCUGUGCUUCUUAGAUGGAUCUAUAAUCCACAUAAACAACUCAGCAGGCUCUAAUACAGCCUCAUCCUGAGCCACUUGCCUGUUAACUCUAUUUUUUUUAAUAUUC